AUGUCGCCAAUGCGCUCGCCUAUGUUGGCCGGCUUGGCGAAACCGGGCUCAACAGGAUCGCCAUUUCCGCUACGAAAACAAAUCUCACUGGGUAUUACACCCCGCACGUAUCGCACAGGCCUUCCUUCAGUGAAGGCCCGGAGUGGCUUUACGCCGCCCUUCAAGAAAGGGGUGCAUCCACCGUCUGCACAGGCGCUACAAGUAUCUGCUUCCUUGUCGCCACAGGCUCUGAGCGUGUUUGAUCUGUCGGUGCCAAGUGUGCGUAUUGGGUAUCGUGAAGCUGGCCUUGCGCCGCACGUAUGGAAGUCGGAAGCUGAGGCGCGCGCGCAUGGCGUACCAGCUGAAGUUUGCCUUAUUUUGCAGGAUCCGAUGCGGGCUUCGCAAUACGCGUUUGUGCGACCGGACGGAACGCUCCGGGGUGCAGCGGAGGCACACACCGAGCUUCUUGAGCUGGGUGCCACGAAAGCCCCGCUAAGAUGGGUUCAGAACCACUGGCAGUUGAUCCUUUGGAAGCUGGCGGCCUACGUGGCGAGCGAUCCGCGCCAAGGGCAGACCUACUGGACGUGGGAUCGCGUGAUGCGCGAUCUGCGCUAUCGGUACGAGCGCGAAUUCCACAAGAAGUCGUUCGGUGUUAUUAAGCACCUACAGGAAGAGCCUCAGCCGUACACGAGACCCAUGGUGUUGUGCGUGCACCAGAUCCUUCGCUUCGAUGAUGCAGGCGAAGAGAGUGCUUCGCUCGUGCUUCAGCUUACCGAUGGCUGGUACAAGAUUCGUGCAGAGCUGGACGCGCCGCUGCGCCGCGCCGUGGAGCGUCGCAAGAUUCGCAUUGGACACAAGCUUGCCAUUGCGUGUGCGAAGCACCGGUCAUUCGGCGAAGGCACACAUGUGCUAGACGCCGUGCACACGUCCGAUCUACUGCUGUCCUCAAAUGCGACGUGGUUCGCUGCAUGGGAUGCCAAGCUUGGUUUGCAGCCGCAUGCGUUUGUAUCCAGUCUGGGUCGUCUCGUCCCGGACGGUGGCCUUGUGGGUCAGAUUGACGUCGUGGCUGAACGUGUAUACCCCGUGGGGUACAUGGAAGGCGAGCUUGACGCUAAAGGCGCCUUGGUUUUCCGUGGUCCCCAGUACAAUGCUGAAGAAGAGCAAGAGCGCCAACGGGCCUGGGAAGAGCGCUGCAGCUGUGCGCGAGCGUAUCUUGCUGAGGCUGCUCCACGCCUGGAUCGCGCCGCGGCAUGGCUGGAGGCGCGUUGCCAUAUUGAGUACGAGGGUCUUCCGACGGCGGGUAUGUGA